UCCACCCCACUCCCCCACCCCGGCACUUUUACAGCCCCUGUAGCCAGGCUCCUGUCAGGCUGGCUUUGCCCCUGGUCUGGGUUUUAGUCUGGAAUUUGCACCCCUUUUUGCAUACAGACCCCCUGCACCUUUCUGUUCCUGUGCCAAGCUGAAGCAGCUGGCAUGGUUGUCCUGGCUUGAUAACAGCUGGCAGCACCUUGGGGUCUCCUUUUGCUGGUGCCCACGACCAGCUCUGCCUCUCUGGGGGGGAGAAGCAUGACUGCAGGCUCCCACUAAUCCUGCUGCCGGCCAGCCCUACCUUGCCCCGCUCACCCACCCCACCCCCACCUAUCAUGGCUUUGCUCCAUCCCUUCACCAGCCUCCUCCUCCUCCUCGCUAUGCCCCUUUCCCGGGCUGCAAAUCAGUCCCUGCUGCCCCCCGGCUCCCUGCCUGCGGUCCCCCCCCUGCCCCUCCUGCAGGCCCUGCAAGUGCAGGCACCAGGCAGCUGGGGCUGGCGAGCAGGGCCAGCAAGCGGGCAGCCCCUGCGCUACAUGCUGGACCUGUACCGGCGUGCCGCCGACCGCGAAGGACGACCCCGCCACGGCCGCAGCCUGGACACCAACACCGUCCGCCUGGUCCAGGCCAGUUCCCACGGGGGUCAGCCCUGGGCAGGUCGCUGGUACAUGCAGCCCCUCACCUACCGCCUGGAGGGCCAGCCUGAGGCCGAGCACCUCCUCCGAGCCACUGUGGUCUACCUGCCCAGCCUCCCGUUGGCCCGUGGUCGUCUCCUCUGCGCCCUGGAGCUGGUGGCCACCAGCAAGGCACCCGGGGUGCUGCUCAGCCCUGCUGCCCACCCCCGCCAUGGCUGGGCCGAAGCGGACGUCACCCCUUACCUGAUGCCGGGGAAUGGCAGCGCGGGGAGCCUGGCGCUGCGGCAUGUCUGUGUGCGUGCCGGCCGGGCGGGGGGCCGCGAUGCCCCAGUGGCCCCCAGCCACCCCUUCCUCCUCCUCUACCUCAAUGACACCCGGGCUGGGCUGGCACCUCCGGCGGCAGAGCCCCACCGGCACCGGCGUGACACGGGGACGCUGGCCCACGACCUGCCUGGCUACCUGCGGGAGCAGGGAGGGGAGAAGAGUGACUGCUCCUUGCGCCCCUUCCCAGUCAGCUUCGCCCAGCUGGGCUGGGACCACUGGAUCAUCGCUCCCCACCGCUACAACCCGCGCUACUGCAAGGGCGCCUGUCCCCGCCUGCUCCGCUACGACUACCAUGCGCCCAACCAUGCCGUGGUGCAGAGCUUCGUCCAUCAGCUGGUGGAUGCCAACGUGCCCUGGCCCUCCUGCGUUCCCUACCGGUACAGCCCCAUCAGCGUCCUCAUGAUCGAGCGCGACGGCAGCAUCCUCUACAAGGAGUACGAGAACAUGAUCGCAGAGUCCUGCACCUGCCGGUAACGCCUGCUGCCCUGGCACAUCGCCCCCAGGCUCUGCCUGUCCCUGCUGGAUCCGGACUUUAGGGUUUGUCUUGCUCUGCCUGGGGCGGGCUUGUCCCCCCUCCCCGCGCGGCACUGCUCUGUGGGAAGGUUUUACAAUGGCAGUUUUAUGUAAAGUGUAGGUUUUUAAAGGCAGGAGCCUGUGCUAGGGCGGUUGCCCUGUGGCAUCUGUCCUUCCUGCAGCCCCACGGCCGCUGCCUGUUUUUGG